AUGGGGAAUUACGUUUCGUGCACUUUGGCUGCUCCUUUGAUCAAGAAUGGCAAAGCGGCAAGAGUCGUGCUUCCCGGGGGGGAAAUCCGGCAGUUCAGGGAACACGUGAAGGCCGCCGACCUCAUGCUCGACUGUCCCAAUUUCUUCUUGGUCAACUCCCAGUCUCUCCACAUCGGCAGGAGAUUCUCCGCUCUCGCCGCCGACGAGGAGCUCGAGUUCGGUAACGUCUACGUCAUGUUCCCGAUGAAAAGAGUCAACGCAGUGGUCGCGGCGGCUGAUAUGGCUGUGCUUUUUAUGGCGGCUAACUCUGCUGCCAAGCGGAUAUCCGGCGGAAAGGCCAGAGUCUUGCCGGAGUCCGGCGGGGGUGAUGAGAAGACAUCGUCGAAGGAAAGUGAUCGGAUUGAUAGCGACGAAAGUGGAGGUGAAGGGUCAAGAUUGAGUUUGGAAGGUGUUGACGAUGGAUUUCCUUUGCCGGAGUUGAAGUACAGGUUAGCUCUGUGUAGAUCGAGGAAGCCAUUGUUGGAGACCAUAAAAGAAGAGCCUGUUUCUUCGAGAUGA